AGAAGUAGCACCCAAGAGAUGUUUUAACACCCGUAACAACAGCAAGAGGAAUAAAAGCAACAACAACCUACAGCAAUGCAACAACUGACUUAUAUAACGUUGUUUUUACUAUCGGUUACGGCAGCAUUUGGAAGUUGGACGUCGAAAAAUUGCACCAUGUACAAAGGAAGAUGUUACACAGUCUUUCCUGUGGGGAAAGUGAACUACAUUAAGGCCGUCAAUCUCUGUUCGCAGUUACCUUACGGCGUUCCGGUGAUACUUCGAUCCAAAGCCGAAGACGAAUUCGUCCGGUCACUGUUUCCACCAAGGCGUGCUGAAUUCUGGAUCGGUAUGCUGACAACCCAAAACGUCGGUGGUUGGACUUGGAUAACAAAAGAAGAUACAAAUUGGAGAAACUGGAUGAGUGGGCAGUAUAACGAUUCUACAUCGGAACAAUGUGCCACAUCUGAAACCGUUUCUAGUGUGUCAUGGCGUGAUCAAAGCUGUUCGAGUGCCUACGAAGUUGUAUGCGAAUCAAGACCUAACGUUGCGUGUAACUGUGAAACAAAAACUACACAAGCCACAAUCUACAAUGUAAAUAGACAUGGUAUUGUGAUGGGGAAACGCCGGUGUUGUUGUCAAAAGUCAGAAGAAAACAGUUCCUUUGAGAAAACUCCGGCAAACGACAGUACCCAAUAUACGAUAAAAACGAGUUUAAUACAAGAUUCCCUUAUAGAGUGCUCUGCUAAAUGUGUCCGAGAAUUUUACUGCGUUGCCUUCUCAUAUAACAAAACCACGAAGGAAUGUGCUGUGUUGGUUUCAUAUUUUACACCUGAAAACCAAAUGCUAGUCUCACCGACCGCACGAGGAGACUACACAUGUCUUUGAUUCCAAAAUACCAUCAAAACUUCUUUCUUGUGUUAACAUGUUUGCAUGUAUAUGAAUUCAUAUACACAUACAUAUACAUACAUCGCUAUGCAUAUAUAACCGUAUAGAUACGUAUACAUUUCUCUCUCUCUCUCUCUCUCUCUCUCUCUCUCUCUCUCUCUCUCUCUAUGCUACAGAAACUCCCAAAUCUUAACACCAGUAUCUAAGCAUUACCUAAGCUUAAUGAAAUUAUUUAUGAAGAAAAAUUACCAAAUCAAUGUUAGUAAUCUCCACAAACCAUGAAUCUACAAACAUUUUCUGCUUUACUAGAUUGAACAAUUCAUAAUAACGAGACUAAGAAAUUAAGAAUUCACAAAGAAGCAUAGCAAAUAUGUAUUACUUUCAUCAGCUGCCAAACGGAUAUCAUUAUAGUUUCGACACCUGGUUAGCACUAUUCAGCAGCACUAAAAAAUAUAAAUUCUGCCCGGGAAUCAAUAGUAAUCGGCAGGAGCGAAUCAUUAGCGUAGUAUGUCAGUUAUGCCAACACCGUAUUACUACUGGCAGCUACGAAUUAAGCAAUUAAUAUUAACUUAUACUUACAAAACAGUAACUAUAAAACAAAGAAUUUGCUCCCAAGAAGAACAUUGUGAUGCUAAAAGUAUAAUACAAAAGAAUAAGUUAACUAAACAAAAACAAAAACAAAACAAAACAAAAGAACUAUUCAACCAUAGAUACUCGAUAUGGUAACGCCAGCUGAAGGAAUUGUAAACAUAGAACUUAAAGCAUAUAAACUAAACAAUCAACAUUGAUUGCUAAAUGCGUUAUUUUUUCAAUCUAUAUCACGUGACCACACCCAAAGCAAGGCUAACAAGAGCACUCAGAGAGCGCAAACCUCCGCCAAGGCAACACCAACGUCCUCUCAACGAUUAGCCGGAGAUGAUUUUUUAAAAUGAGAAUAUCUGAAAUAAACUCGACAGCUUUCACAAAUGACAAUAUUAAAAAUGAACCCGACCACUCUCAAAAAUUAAGUAAAAGAAAAAACCGGAAAAAUAAUACGGAAUCCUUGUCCGGUACCUGAUCGAUCCCAAUAAUAGUCAUGGAAUGUGAAGGUGGUUGUAGGUGGAUAAACUAUUUAGUAACAAAACUAAAUAGUUUAUCCUUAUCUAAUAUAAUCCAAAGUUAACAAAUUCAAAAUAGUUUCAAAGGCGGAGGUAAUAAUAAUGAGUUCUACUCAGGAAUUUUUAAAUGAAUAACACAAGACCUUUUGGUUUUCUCUUCUCUUAAAUUCUGACCUUCCUUUACUAUUCUUGUUGUUUUAGAUCGAUGUAUAGAUGUACGUAUACCGUAA